AUGUCACUGUCUUUAAAAGUAUUGAGUUCGCUACUUAAAAAGAUGGCAGAAAAGCCAUUGUUACUCAAUUGUAUCGCCUUGUCAGCUGCGAUGCUUACUAUUACUGGUGCGACUUGGCUGGUUUCAUACCUGAAAUCUACUCGAACCAAAAAACAAACCAUCGCACAGGGAGUUUCUGGUCUUAUUGGCAAUACACCAUUGAUAUAUAUUAAAUCGCUUUCAGAUGCGACCAACUGUAGCAUUUAUGCCAAAGCAGAGUUCAUGAAUGUUGGUGGGAGUUCCAAGGAUCGAAUUGCUUUAGGGAUCAUUGAGGAUGCUGAGCGUCGAGGACUGAUUCAACCUUAUUGUGGAUGCACUCUGUUUGAAGGAACUGUCGGAUCAACUGGCAUUUCUCUUGCUGUGAUUGCACGGGCUAAAGGCUAUCUCUGUCAUAUCGUCAUGCCAGAUGAUCAAGCCAAAGAAAAAUAUGAAAUCAUCGAGGCUCUUGGUGCGCUUGUUGAAAAAGUUAGGCCAGUAUCCAUUGUUGAUCCAGAUCAUUAUGUAAAUAUUGCACGACGUCGAGCAGAAGAGAUGAAUAUCGCUGCAGACAUGCAUGGCUCGAUGGCUCGUGGCUAUUUUUGUAAUCAAUUUGAAAACAUGGCCAAUUAUCAGACCCAUCUGACAACAACUGGUCCCGAAGUGUAUUCAAAUCUAAAUGGAAAAAUGGAUGCAUUUGUAAUGGGUGCAGGAACUGGUGGUACUUUGGCAGGAGUGUCAGACUAUUUAAAGCCGCGUAUCCCAAAUUUGAAAGUGGUGUUGGCAGACCCAGAUGGCAGUGGGCUCUACAACAAGUUAAAAUUCAAUAUUCUAUACACUCCCGAACAAGCAGAAGGAAAGAGACGUCGUCAUCAAAUAGAUACGAUCGUUGAAGGAAUCGGCAACACCCGUAUCACUGCAAUUCUCAAAUUGCUCUUUAAUGGAUGUAUUGACGACGCAGUUCAAGUAUCUGAUCAAGAUGCUAUUGAAAUGUCAAGAUUCUUGAUGCGAGAGGAAGGUCUGUUUAUAGGUAGCUCUUCAGCAGUAAAUUGCGUUGCUGCAUGUCGUGUCGCAAAACAGCUUGGUCCUGGUCAUACUAUUGUUACUAUGUUAUGCGAUCAUGGAUCUCGACACUUGACCAAGUUUUGGAAUCCUGCAUUUAUUGAAAAGGCUGGACUGACUCCCAAGUGCACAUCCCUUUCAUUUAUCUAA